GUGAAGCUCGCCCUCUCUCUCUCUGUCUGUCUCUCUCUCUCAUUCUCUCUCUCUCUCUCUCUCCCUCUCUCUCUCUCUCGCUCGCUCGACGGUGGUUGAACGUUGGUGGGCCGUGAGUUGUGGUGCCGGUGGACUGUGGUUGGGACGGGUGGGCUGUGAGAUGCGAUGGACGACGCCUGAACGCCCCUCGAAUAUGGCAAACACAGGUCUUCAUUGUGUUUAAGAGUGUAGUUGUGUGCCAUCCUCGUUCAAAACGAUGGAGCGAUUGGUUGACUUAGCGCAGAAUGACAUGCAGAAGCGGCCUAGGGACAACGAGUUUCAGUACGAUGCCACAGGAAGCAGGCCAGGGAAAGUCGGUAGGCCAGCAGGGUCAUUGGAAAAUAUGGCAGGAGUAAGUGGGGAUGAUUCUGUCAGUGCCACGGCGGACCUCUUGUUGGGCAAUUCUGCCAGUUCGGGUUCAACUCUUGGGAGUGGAGGUUUGUUUUCCACCUUCACCUCUGGUCCACCUUCAUGGAAUAUGCCCAUGAAUUUCAUGUCGGAGAUGCCAACUCCAUUGCCGCCUCCACAGUCGAUGCCGCCUCCGGCGGCCUCGCAAGGCUCUCUUGCGGCGUCGCUGUCGCAUCAGCACUUAUCGGUAUCAGCAUCGGCAAACCCAGGUGGCAGCAACUUGGCUCUUGGGCCAUCUGGAGGUGGAAUGGAUAGGAAUGGGGGAGGCUCAUCCGGCACCCCGAUGGUGGGGCCUCAUUCGGUACCCAAGCGACCGCCCCCCAAUUUUGCAGUUCCCAUCCUCGAGUCGAGCCGAGUGGUCAAGCUUCCACCACCUCAAGGGAAGAAGGCACCUUUGCAAUUGGUUGGAGCUGAUAAGGGUACUGGUGCAAACCCACCAGGGGCAGGAAAGGCUGCAGGGGGAAUGGGAGGAAGAGGGGACAAGGAUCGUCAGAAUGGUGCAGGGGCAGGUGGCGGCAAACUGGGACCAGAGAAUGGAGCGGGCGAAGGCAGUGGGAAGGAGAAGGGGGGAGGAGAAAACAUGAAGUCCAAGGGCUCCGAAGUGAACAAAAGUCCUCUGGGAAAUCUCAAAGAGAGGCAAGCAGCGGCUGGAGGGUUCAGACCGCCAGCUCGGCCUGGAAGGAGAGGAAGGCCUCCUGGUUCAGGGAGAAAACAAGCAGCUGUCAAAGCUGCUGCAUCUGCAUCAGGUCUUGGAACUACUGUGGGCUCAUAUGGGCUCCCUGAAACGCGGACAUAUGUCCUUCCUGAUUCACCCCCAGCCUCUUCAUAUGAACCAGAUCCAAUCGGUGCCCCGGUUGCCACCACUUCGGAGCGCCGUAGGAAGAAGAGUAUGGACACAGACUCACAGAUUGGUCAACUGGCUGGUGAAAACAUCCGGCUCUGGGAGGCCCUGACUAAGACGGUUGGGGAGCUGGCAAUGCAGAGGGAUAUGUUAUGGCGCCUUCAGGCCGAGGUUCUUGCUCUUCGUGUCAGGCUUGAUGCAGUGAGCACAUCACCAUACUCGUGGGGAGGGCCUCCGUUUAUUGGCCAACAAGGUGGAGGUUCUGCACCACCUACUACUACUUCGGGAGGGCCAUCAUGGCUCCGGCCAGAUACGGCACCACUGAAAGGAACGGGCACGAAUGGUGGCCCGAGCGCGGGUGAUGGGGCAAACCCAGAUGGCGCCAAAAUGGGGGCAAGAACUGACAUUUCAAUUGGAAAGAAUGGCACAGGUGCUGCGGCCUUCUCUGCUGCUGCUGCAUGUGGUGUCGAUAAUGAUUAUACGCUAGCAGAUCACAGAAAUCUUGCACAGGGAAAUGCUGGAAUGCAGGACUGCGAGCCGACAUCCAUGGAGGGGUUGCAGUCUGAAGCCGGGAAGUCCGUCAGGGAAAUGCAGGAAACAAAAGACUCUGAUACUCAUGAUCGAGGCAUGGGUAUGGGUAGUGGCGGGAUGGAAGAGGCGAAGCAAGACAUGGACAGCAUGCAGGCAGGGGCUGCAGCGACGGCGGAGGGAAUUCGCACUGAUGGUGGGCGAACGGAGAGCGAUGCACUAGAACAAAGUUGCUUGGGUGGUGGAACUGGCUCAGAAAUCACUGGCGCAGAUUGUGCAGCGGCUGGGGAGUUUGUAUGUGAUGAGGGUCACAUGCAGGAGAAAGGAGGGGAUAAUGCCAGGUUCAAAGAAGCCAAUGCUGUCAAUGAAGCUGGGGUUUGCAGAGCCAUGGAAGAGAGAGAUAUGUUAGAAAGGCAUAUGCUAGAGGUAGGGAGCAACAACCCCUCGGGCACUCCCUUUGAACAUGAUAAGGAAGUAAGGUACAAUCGGAUUCCCGGUCCGUGGAGCAAGGAACAGGACAAUACGGCAAGGUUAGCUCAGGACAAUUCACCUAAUAUGGAUAGGGGUGGAAGCCAACUCGGGCUUGAAUUGGGGAUGAACAAGAUGGGGGUUCAACAAGAGGUAAAUGUACAAGGUAAACAACAUGAGAUUGAUGGCAGAAUGGGGGAUAGUACGGAUGAAGAUGAUGGCAACAGGCGCAAUGAAGGGGGCAGGGACGUUUUCCAUGUGGAUGGGAGGGAUAUGGGAGGCGUGGAGAGUGAUGGAAUGUCGGAACUACCCAGAGAACUGUUUAAUGCGGAAAAGGAUGGGGGAUCCAUGCCCGGUGACCACCGUGCAGAAGGGAGAAUGGUACAGUCAGGACAUGAAGGCUGUCAUGGGGGUGGGCUUGAGGAUGCUGCUGAGGGUAAUGUGUCAAACCGAGGGAUGAGAAGUGAAGACAACGAAGGUGCCCAUGGCAGGAUGCAGAUUGGUCCCGGGCUAGAGCUUCUACGGAACUUGCCCCAAAGAAGAGCUGGGCAAGAGGUGAAUGAAGAGAUUGAGAGAGGUGGAAAUAUGCAUCAACAGUACAGAAUGAUGGGUGUUCUCGGUGAUGGCAGCAACACACCCAUCCCAGGCCAUAGUGACUCAUCUGCAGGAAUUCCCUCUGGAUUAUCUUCGGACAGCUCACAGCAAAUGGAUCGAGGAGGAAGAACAAUUCCCAUGGAUGGGUUCUCAGGACUGUUCACUUGGAAUAAGUAGAUGAUUCAGCGAUCCUCCUCGCGUCGAUGCGUGAUGUACAUGUCGCCUGAUCUUUUUGUUUCAACCAUAUUUCACAAAUGGCAGGAUAGUCGUCUGCGAACGCUUUUGUGUGAAUGUCUCUGUGAGACGAGCAUCCGUGUUUUCAUAAUAGCUUGCCUGCACACCAGUUUUGAGGGACUCGGUUCUCUUCGGCUGCCGUUGUAUUUUUAGUUUAAAGUUUAAACUUCCACCACUACCUCUGUCACUUUCGGGAAAAUUUGGGAAAAACUGGCAGUUGGCCCACAAGGCCCAACUGCCGAGUCCCACUUUUUUUCCGCACAUUUCUGGGGGUAUGCGGAGACUCGGCAGUUGGGCCUUGUGCGCCCGUUCGAAAAAACAAAAAAGGACCAAGUCGGGGAAGGCGGUGCACGAAGUUGUGCUCACACAUACACCAAUACUCACAAGAAAGUAUCUAACUACUAUUGUGGCCAGGUUCAGGUUUUCGUUGUACGUUUCUUUUUUUUUUUGUUGUUUGUUUUGGUGCCCUGCCAGAGAGGCACGGUGCAGUCCACGGGCGGCUGACACUUUGUGGAGGAUGGCAUGCCCACACUACUACUAUGCAGAAUGUAUGAACCCGCUUGCCUGGCCUAAAUUCAGUUUCAAUAUUUCUUUUGUUUCCCUUUUUUCUUCUUCUUCCGUGGACCAGACACCCUUCUGCCGUAACGCCCUCACUCGGGGCAUAGUGGUCACACAACAACUGUGGGGUAGGUAUUUACCUGGUAUCACGUCCAAAGGGGUGUUUGUUUUUUUUCCUUUUUCCUCUCUUGGGGCUGUAAGCGCAUCGUUUUUUGAAAGUCUGGCACUGCUUUUUUUAUUUUUUCCCUCCUUGUGUCAGGCUGCUCCAUCUAUUGGUGGGGAGUGGCAGCUGCCGGAAACCGGGUCUAGUGUCCCAUUGAUACUUCUUUCAACUCAGAGACUGCUGUUUGUUGUUUCAUGGGCUGUGGACAUUUCACUUCGCAGUCUGGGGCUCCGCUGUCUCAGGCCCCAGGCUCGGCAAAACUUGGUGUGCAGUGAAAAACAGGCUCGGAGGGGCGCGGUCGUUUAGUACCAAGGCGUCCCCCCCCCCCCCCCCCCCCCCCCCCCCCNCCCCCCCCCCCCCCCCCCCUUUUCCUCCCGCCUCUCUCAAGUAUCAACCUAUCCUGUUUGCCGUUCGACAACUGUGAAAACUGAUGAAUGUAGGGAAGAAGAAGGGGCUGGUUAGCAAAUCGUGUACUACUCGGAAUGCAGAACAGGAGGAGACGCUGUUUCCUCCUGACUCGAGGAGACACUGUUUUCUCCUGACACGCCACUAAGGUAUAGGUACCGAUUCUUUGAGGGUUAAGAAAUGAGGCCUGGUUGACCUGGAGCGAGUAGGAGAGUUAUCGAAGCAAGUAAAUAAUCGCCAAUUAGCCGCAGCCGCAAAAGCGAACUGGGGAGCAUCUCUGGUCGAGCAAAGGUUGACAAUCAAGACCAGGUCCCUAUUGUGUGCAGAAAGUGGACCAGGUUCUCCCUUCCUUCUUCAGCAUCGAGCACUUGCAUCGACAUUUAGGGCUGGGCACAUCAUAUAGGGUGUGAAGAGCCCAUUCCGUAGGGUUGGACACAGGAAAAUCACAUGGCUUAAUAAGGCCCAUCCCAUAGCGGGAAGGGCUCAUUUAUAGCUGCUGUGACAAAGGAAUGAAGCAUGGUAAAUGGCUUGUGUGACAAGCUAAGCGCACAAUUGCAUGUUUAAGUGGUUUGUGUGACAAGCCAAGCGCACACUUGCAAGUUUCAAAUGAAAGGCACCUUAUAGAACAUGCACAGGAAAGAGAGGGCGGUGGAGGAGCACAUGGGACAUCAGUUUGUCGGGCGAAAGACUAUUGGUGGGGCGGGGGGUGGGGUGGGGAGGGAGUGCAGACCGUGCAGCCAAUCGCAGCACUAUCGGAGUGGAGGUGGGGGCAGCAGCUCUAUCAGAGGGUAAUUGCUCGGGGCCUCAGAAACGAGGACCUGGUUUAACAUGCCGGCUGUGGGUUCUGUUGUCUGCAUUGUGCUGUGUUUCCUGAGACUUGGCACUUGUCGUGCUGUUGUGUGUGUCUUGCGUUUUGCCUGAGACUGUGUUUUCAUACGUAUUACUUCGCUUGCGAUGGCGUAGCCCACAGAGGAAAAAAAGCGGGAACAUGAUCUUCUAACAUUUUUCUAAGCGACACAAAUAUUAUCCUUUCCCACACAGGCUGCUCAUCUCCGUCCAGCUGCCGCUGAGCUGCGGCUUGGCGCUCAGGAAACCGCUCCCUCCCCUCUCUUUGUAGAGCGUCCAAUCUUUCUAGAGACAUCUGUGGAAAGCAGAAGUGUGGCAGCGAGACUGAGAGCGGAGCGGUGAGUUGCAUGCAAGCGGAACACGCAAGCAAUGCCGAGCAUUCAAUGUCCUUUCUUUUCUUUUUUUUUCUUUUCUUGGAAAUGUUCUUUUUUCUUCUUUUUAUUUCUUCUUGCUUUUAAAAAUUUUAAUGU